AUGUCUUUGCUGGAGUUUCCACCAUUGAAUUCGGCAGGGAAGCCAUAUGUGUUACAAGAAUACAAUGGACGAUUAUUGACUGGAAAUAUCGAAGAAUUCCGUAGAAUGGCAAAAUGUGAUUCGAUGGCUGAUUAUCCAUUUGUCGAAAGAGCUCAUCUCAAUAGUCUUCAACAUUCCAUAUCCAAAAGUGAUGUUGCCGACACAUAUGUAUUCCGGGAAGCUGACCCAUUAAAGCAGGCCAUGGAUCGAUGGGAAAAGGACGGUAUAACCGGUGUCAUCGAUCAUGUCUCCAAAAUCACCGAAGAUAGCAAACUGUGGCCGAUUUCUAGACUUGGUCGAGGAGUACUGCGAGUACAAAAUGGAUUUGCCAAUAUAGCAGCUCGAGUACUACCCUCCAUGGGACAGGAUCGCAUCGAGGAACUUCUGCAUGAAUACAGUAGCACGAUGAACUGGAAAAAUAAUUGGCUGCGAUGUGUUGCUGCACAUGAUGAGGGGCGACGUCUUGCUUUAUGCCAGAAUAACAACUACAUUCGGAUCUAUAACAUUGGUCGGAAUCAGAAAACACCACUAACCUUAAAACAUCCUCUCCAGAAUAACGUCGCGUGCAUGGCUUGGGAGCCAUUUGAUCACCGAGUCCUCGCUGUUGCAGCAAACAACAAGAUUCUCAUAUGGAGGCUUAGUGUGAAGGCAACAAACAUCAAGCCAUCUGUUCGUUGCGCUCAAGUCGUUGAAUUGCCUGCGACGCCCAUCAGUCAAAUUGUUUGGGAUCGUACAACAUCAAAUGUUAUAUUAGCUGUAUCACCGAACAGCAGUAAGAUCAUGAUAGUUGACAUAUCCACCGGUGAGGUGGAUUGCUUUGGUGCAUGGACUGGUGGUAAUGUUACAAGAAUUGUACCUACACUUGAUGGUCGCCGAUUUGCUGUCCUUUAUACGGGCAAUGUCAUAAGGGUAUACGACCGUAGUACAUGGCAUGAAGAGCGAUGGAGCGGCCUAGCAGGUCGAGCAGUUAGCGCUGUUUGGUCGCCUGCUGGAGACUCGCUGUUGUUUGCUUCUGAGGAGAGCUAUCAGCUCUACACAAUUUCGUUUGUAACAAAGAAUGUGCUAAAUGAGGAUGGAAUUACUGAAGCACGCUGGACUGGUGACACACGUGCCGUUUCAAUAUUCGAUGUCUCACCGGUCGAGUUUGAUCCGUCAGAGCUCGAAGUUGAAGGAGCUGUCGAAAGAGAAAUCGUUCAUAUUGGUGGUAGAGUUCAUGCGUUGACGUUGAGCCCGGAUGGACAAAGAUUGGCAGUCAGUUUCAAAGAAAAUCCGCCUGUCGUCGCCUUGUUCAUAGUGGACUGGUUGCCGAUAGCAAGACUUACUCCGAGCGGUUUCGUGGAAGCUCCUUUAUAUGGCCAUCCGUCCAUACUCUUUUUCUUACCGAAGUUCAGCAACGGAUCCAUGCUCUCCAUAGUGUGGUCCAGUGGAAAUCUGCAAUAUUUGCCUUUGCUUUAUGGUCAUAAUACUUCAUCUCACUUCACGGCCGGGUCGAUUCUCGACGAAUUAUCCGGCCAUUCGAGUCCAGCCCAUAGGAUAACGAGUGAUUCUUUGCGUUCGUCGGAGUUGCCGAUAACACCGUUUCAUAGCAGAGGUUAG